CAGCCAAGAACCAGUCAUCGAGUUUACCUACACGAAGCACCCACUUGAUCCAUUUAGAUUUUAAUUAUUCAGUACCAAAAUAUUUUUGAAAAUAUAUGUUUAUCUACCAAGUGAGAAUACUUUUACAAUAGCUCAGUUCAACUUGAGAUCUGUGAAAUGUCUUUGAAUCACUUAAUUAAGAUUAUAGUUCUAUUUAAAAUAGUAACUAUGUCUGACGGAAGCUGCGGUGUGGCGUUCAAGGGAAAGUGCUGGUGUGGUGUAACUGAAUAUGAUCGAAUGCAACAAUAUGUUGUUAAUUGCACAAAUCAAGGCUUCUCAAACACAUCGGUUCUAGAGCAUAUGCCAAAAGACGUGGAAGUUUUGAUAUUUACGGGGAAUUUCCUUUCCAAAUUGACUUGGAACAUAUUCGGUCGCAUAAAUGAGUAUCCCAAAUUGAAGAUCAUUGAUAUGUCAAACAAUCAUAUACGUGAAAUCCGUGGUAAAACAUAUCAUCACGUGCAGCAAGUCGAGCGCUUAAUUCUUAACCACAAUAAUUUGAGCAUAUCAUCCAAUGAAGAUGAAGUAAAUCAUUUACACCCACGAAUUUUUUCGAAUUUUAUCAACCUGAGAGCGUUACAUUUAACAAAUGCAUUCUCGGAUUACUCUUCACCAGAGCUCAGUCAAGAUUUGCAUGCCAUUUUUGUGAAGAGCAAUUUGACAAAUCUUCAAAAGCUUCACUUGGAACAAAACGAAAUUAGUCGUUUCAAAGAUCGGAAUGUAUUUUGUGACUUGCCACAGUUGGAGGACCUUCAUCUUGGCGAUAAUAAUUUAAGAGAGUUGAAUUUCAAUGUGAUGUGUUUGCAUCAUCUGCGAUUUCUGGAUUUGGAACGUAAUCGAUUUGAAUACGUUAAGAAACGUGACAUUGAAGCAUUAGAGAUGCUUGAAGCUUCAAGUGGCCGCACCGAACGAUUAAUUUUGGAUUUCAGUAUGAAUCCGUUUGCAUGUGAUUGUACUAUAUUUGAUUUGGUCAAUUGGCUACAUUCAACAAAUAUAACAGUAAGAUAUAAAGAAAGAUUGAUGUGCAACCGAAUCGAAGAUCAUGCUGAACGUAUCAAUUCUUUGGAUUUUAAAAAGUGCAGCGUCAAAUUACAAAAUACAAGUGGUGGACAUCAAGUGUUUUUAGUGUUCUUUUUAGUUGUUCUCAUUUUUGUUUUAGUCGGUUUGAUCGGUGCCAUUUUGUAUGUGAGCAAAGAUCGAAUCAAAUAUCUUGUCCCGCCAGUUGUGUCAUCGAGAAAAGUUCAUUAUACAUCAAUCCAAGAUGACGAAGUUGCUCAAGAGGUUCAUGUUUAACAGCAACACAUUCUCACACAUACAUGUUUUUCGAACAUAAAUUCAUAAGGAUCAUAUCAGUGAAUCCGUAAUGUGCCAAAAUUUCUUACACAAAAAUCAAUCAUAUACAUUUCUAACGUUAUAAAAAAAAAACUUCGCAAUUGAUGUUUUGUUUUCAUUUAUACAAGAUUGUUGAACUUUGUAC